CUGAAGGUGGAUGGCAGGGAGACAAGCAGUGAGGAGGAAGUGGUGCCCAUAGUGGAGGAGUAUUGGUGCAGGUUUGUUUGGCAGGAGGAGGAAGAGGAAACAGGAACUAUGUCCAUUUACAGUAAUAAAUCUAGGGGGAUGGAAGAUGUUGAGAUAGAAGAGCAAGACACAGCUUUGGCAGUGAGAGCCAUCAAGACAGAGAAAGCAGGCGGAACAGACGGCAUCAUAGGUAGUGGAUGGACCAGAGCAUAACACUGAAGGGAAGAAGGACCUAUCAAGCAAUAAAAAACAGAAGAGGUCACAAGAAGAAGAAGAAGAAGAAGGAGGCUUUUGUGCUUCUCCUAUUCAUGUUAACCAAUUAUAUUUACCACAGGAGGCAGUCAUGUACAAAUGGCCCCUACUGGUGUUUCUUGGGGUGAGGGUGGUCAGCGUGCCCCUAGUACAGACCUGGUUUGUGCCGGACGAGUACUGGCAGGCCACCGAGGUAGCACACGCCCUGGCUUUCGGCAGACCACUACAGAACCAGACUUACUUGAAUAUCCAUCAACAGAAUACUUCACAGCAUAUUUGGUAUGGAUACAAGACGUGGGAGUGGAGGGAGGGUAUCCGAACUGUUCUCUAUCCUGCUUCAUUUGCUGCACUCUUCAAGAUGCUGUCUUUCAUUGGUGCAGACACUCCAGCACUUCUGAUCCACAUUCCAAGGUUACUUCAUGCCAUAGCAUUUGCUGUAGGAGAUUACCACUUCUGGAAGCUGUGUAAGGUUCUCUAUGGCAGUUCAUCUGCUGGAUGGACAAUGGUGUGCUUUUCCACUGCCUGGUUCUUGGGAUACUGUGCUCCUCGUACUCUCACCUCAUGUGUAGAGAUGGUGCUUCUUUCUGUGGCCUUCAGUUGGUACCCGUGGCAGAGAGAGAAAGAGAGUGACAGUGCUGGGUAUCUGUGGCCUGUAGGAUUGGCAUGUGCUGUCAGGCCCACUGCUGCUGUGCCCUUCUUGCCCCUGGCUGUGCAGCAUCUGUGGCACUCCUCCUGUAGGAGCCAGCUGCUGCUUCACUACAUGGCAAUCACAGGAGCAGUUGUGACUCUGACAGUGGGUGUAGACAGCUGGUAUUAUGGUGAGCUAGUUGUGGUGCCUUGGAGGUUUGUUCACUUUAAUGUGGUGACAGGCCUCUCCUCACACUAUGGCACCCUUCCUUGGCACUGGUACUUAAGCCAGGCAUUGCCAGUGACACUCACUACACACAUGCUGCCUCUGAUUCUGGCAGUGGUGUCCCAGACAUCCAGACACAGAAAUCUGCUGUUUGUCAUCCUCUGGUCACUCAUUGUGUACAGCUGCCUCGGUCACAAGGAGUUCCGGUUCCUGCUGCCAGUACUGCCACUGUGUCUCUGUAUAGCAGGGGACUAUAUUGCCUUUUACCUUGCUGCGUGUGCCAAGAGAUCAGACCGCCCAUUGGGAUUCAGGAGGAAAGUGAUCUUCUUGGUGCUCCUAAUCCCAAAUCUGGUUGCCUUGGUGUAUCUGGGUGUGAUCCACCAGCGAGGGCCCCUGGACACCAUGCAGGCUCUACGGGAGGAGGUAAAGGGCAAUCUUCAGGCCAAUAUCCUCUUCCUGAUGCCUUGCCACUCCACUCCUUAUUACAGCCAUCUCCACAAGAAUGUUACAAUGCGCUUCCUCACCUGUGAACCAAAUCUGAAGGGAGAGGAAAACUAUCUGGAUGAAGCAGAUGUCUUUGAGAAGGACCCUCUCUUUUGGCUGCAGCAAGAGUAUUAUAAUCGACUUCCAGCCCUCCAGGAGGCCUUGUCCACUAGUCAAGAUGGACUGAGAAAUUUAGAAUUCCGUGAUGAAAGACAAUUUGAUGGAAGUGAAAUUCUAAUAGAUUCAAAUAGAAAUGAAGAGCAAAAGACAAUUUUAAAGGGAAAGAAAGAAAAAACAUAUGAGAGUAAAGUAGGAAAAGAUGCAAUAAAAAGCAGAACAAAAAGAAAAAAUGAAAUAAUAGAAGACAUAAAUGUAAAAGAGAGAAAUUAUGGCAUCCCCAAAACAUCUUUGACUACUUUCCCUUCUCAUAUUGUCAUGUUUAGUGUCAUGAAGGAUAAAGUGGAGGAAUUUCUCAGUCACCACCAUUACUACCUCUGCCAUAAGCUAUUUCACUCUCACAUAAAUGAUGGCAGACGGAGCCAGCACAUUCACAUCUACUGCCAACAGUCAACCACUUUCAGAAGUUGAAUAUGUGCAUCAGAAAGUGCUAUUAGUUUUUGUGAUUAAUGUGGCAUGUUGAGUUGGAGCCUCAGUGCUGCUUCUGACAGCUGUGUGAUUUAUUGAUGUCAUUGAUUGGCAAGUGUUUGUUGUGAGUACCAUGCUGAAAGUUUGCAAGUAGCUCAGGUAUGCUUUAUGAUUUUAUGAAAUUCCACGUGUGUAUGCAUGUGUGUGUGCCCCUGCCUUAUAUAGGUGCAUGUGGCAAAGUGGAAACGAGAUUCAUCCAGUGAUUGAUUCAUCGUUAAUAUUUCCUGUUUUUUGUUGAUUUGUGAAAGGUGUGUGUGCAGAGGAUGUUAUUUUUUAAUAAACUGAAAAUUAAUUGAAA